AUGGCGCCACCCGCGCGGGCCGCCGUUCCCGACGCGACGGCCGCGCGGCAUCUAACGGUCGACGGCGACGUCGGGCUGUCAGACGACGCGGCUCGGAGCCUCGCGCGGGGGUUCUUUCUGGGAGGUUUCCUGCUGCUGCCCUGGCUGUGGUUCGUUAACUGCUACUUCUUCUGGCCCGUGCUUCGCUACAACGCCGGCCACGAUCCCCUGCUGCGAUCCUUCCCCCCUCUCCCUCCGUCCAUCCCUCAUUCUUCCCUCUCCCCUCCGUCCCACGUGGUAGGCUCUGCCAUUGGCUGCAGUUUCGCCUGCUCCCUCCCUGCCUUUCCUCCUGCAGUUUCCUCUGAACCUCCUUCCCACCAACCCGUUCUCCCCAUAUCCCUCUCCCCCCACCCUCAUCCAGACGUGACAUGGUCGGCUCACCAUCAGCCGCAGUGUUGCUUUCUCCUUCCGUGCCUCUUCUUCCUCUGA